CAACCGUGGAGAUCGCGUCGUAACGCUGAAAGUUUUGAGGUAUCUUUACGAUGUUUCGGAAUACCUAUCAGGGCGGAUUCUUGUCUAUCCUGUACAGUUGCGGGUCAUCUCCUCUGGAAUUAUGGGACAUGCACGUGAAAAAUGGAUACAUACGAAGGAUCAUGGACGAAGAAAUAAAGUCGUUGGCGUUGGAGAUAGCCGGAACCAACGUGGCGACCACUUACAUUUUUUGUCCAGCAGACCCGAAGAAGGUGCUCGCCAUUAGGCUGCCCUUCCUUAUCAUCAUCAUCAAGAACAUGAAGAAGUACUUCACGUUCGAGAUAACAAUAUUGGACGACAAAAAUAUGCAUAGGAGAUUUCGCGUGAGCAAUUUUCAAAGCGUCACGCGCGUUCGUCCGUUUUGCACGUCAAUGCCUAUUGGGCUUACGGGCGGAUGGAACCAGAUUCAGUUCAACUUGUGUGAUUUCACACGAAGAGCUUAUGGCACGAAUUACAUCGAGACCACCAGGAUGCAGAUCCACGCUAACUGCAGGAUCAGACGAAUUUAUUUCGCCGACAGGCUUUACUCGGAAGAUGAGAUGCCGGAAGACUUCAGACUGUUCUUUCCGGUGCAUCGGAAGAAAUGCGUUAGGGAGAAGAUGCCGAAGGAACCAAGCGUAGAGCUUGAAAAACCGCCAUCCGUCGAGGACGAAAAAACACCCAGCAUCGAGACGAUAAUAUCAGAGGAGAAAUCAAUCGAGGAACCGGAUAUUCCAAAGGAAGAAAUGGAACCUAAAGAACCGUUCGAAGAACCUGGAGAACUUGAAGAGAUGAUCGAUUGGGAAGAUAAGGAGGAAGAAGAGAGAUUAGAAGAGGAAGAGGAGAUAGAAGCUGAAGAAGAGGUCAUGAUCCUUGACGAAAAGGUAGAAGCUGAAGAAGAGAUAGAAGCUGAAGAAGAGGUAGAAGCUGAAGAAGAGGCAAGAACUGAGGAAGAGGUGAGAAUUGAAGAAGAGGCAGUGGUUCUUGAAGAAGAAGCGAAAGUUGAGGAAGAGACCGCGGUCCUUGACAAAGAGAAAAGAGCAGAAUUUGCGGAUGAAGACGAAGGUGAAGAGGAAGACGCAGAAGAUGAGGCGAAAGAAUGAAUGGAGUGUGACUUUUGAUAAGAUGAUUCGUUAUCGAUGGUACACUAAAAAAGGAAAUAAUUCAUCACGAAAAAAAUAAGUCGAAAGUGUGGUCAAUAAAUGACACGAAGCCUUGUUUUUGAUCAAAUUGAAAAUUCGGCCCAUAAAAAAAAUUUUCGUUCCAUAUAUUUUCGUGUUACUCUUUCAUAGCAAAUCGUCAUCUUUAAGUUUACAGUAUUGAUAAUGAUCUUAUAUGUAUUUAUUUUAGCAAUUAAAGAGCAAUU